AUGUUUCGUCACCAUCAUCACCACUACAUAGGCCUAACGUUAGCCCGCUCAAACGUGCACAAUGACAGUGUAAUCCAUGCCAUACAUACAAAAAUGGCGGAUACUGACAAGGAGGAGGACGACAGUGAACCAGUUGUCCUAAAUGUAGGCGGAACUAUUUUUGAAACAACUUAUGAAACUUUACGACAUGAACCGGAUACUUUACUAGCUACGCUCAGACCUUCCUCACCGGAAUAUAGACCUACAAGGGGACAUUUUUUCUUUGACAGGAACCCCGACAUAUUUAACUGUGUUCUGGAUUUGUACCGGACCGGGGAAUUACAUCUACCGCAUGGUUUUUGUGGCGCCACCCUGAGGACGGAACUAAAGUUCUGGAGAAUACCUGAGGACAGGAUAGGAAUAUGUUGCCUUCAGACCUACUUUAAAUAUGACACGGACCGUGAGGUUCUAGAUACCCUUCAUGAGGCCUUUGAAGCCAAAGUACUGGACUACAAUCCCAAGGAGGCUGAUAGCAGCAAGUGGGUCAAAAUCAAAAGGACUUGCUGGCUUUUUCUUGACCAACCAAACUCGUCGCCGGCCGCCAAGGUGUUCAGCUAUUUUUACCUUGGGAUUGUGGUGUUGUCUGGGAUACUGUUUUGUUGUGGGACGCACCCGGACUUCUUGCAAACGACUUGCGUUCCAACCAACGAGACUGAUUUUGGCUUCCUAAACCCAGAAAACCCUAAAGAAGUGCUGCUUCUUACAACACGCCCUACGUUUGCUCUGGAAGUCGGGGGAUGGUUUGUUCUUAUUUUCUUUUCAAUAGAAUUUUUGAUCCAUUUUUUUCUUUGUCCUGUUAAAAGCGAAUUUUUCAAGAGCGGCUUGAAUGUUUUGGAUGGUAUUCUUUUCGUUUGUAUGUGGAUGGUGUUUUCUUUCGAGUUCCACAGUGAUAUUGUUUACUCAAAUCGCCAUCUUGGAAUGUUUUACCUCGUUCUGAAGUCGAUGAUGAUUCUGCGGUUGUUCAGGCUGCUGCGUCUGGUGAAGCAAUACAGCGCUCUGCGCAUCCUCACAGUGUCCCUCGUGGCUAGCCUCAAGGAACUUGGACUCCUACUCAUUACCUUCCUCAUGGCUUCCGUGUUUUUCGCAAGUUUCAUAUAUUUCGCUGAAUUUGAAGAACCCUCCACCUUUCCUCACAUUUUCAUUGGAAUUUGGUGGUCUGUGGUUACUAUGACAACUGUUGGAUAUGGAGACACUUUUCCAAAAUCAACACCUGGCCACCUUGUUGGUUCCGCAUGUGCGAUAUGUGGUGUACUAAUUCUAUCUAUGCCUAUUGCAAUCGUUGCAACGAAGUUUAGCAAUUUCAACGACAGAAAUGCAGAGCGUGAGCGGAGUAAAAACUUGAAAUCUGCCGACCCAUACACGCCUCGGGAAUCUCCGAACACCAGCAAACUAUUCCUGACUAAAGUGUCUUCUGUCCUCGAAGUGAAACAGUCUCCGACGUAG